CGCUCUCAUUUUUCUACAACACUGCCGCAUUGUUUUAAUAAGUAAUUUUAUAAAUUUUUUUAAACAAAAGUAUAUAAAAAUUGUCUGUAGUAAAAAAUAAUCAACAAUUAUUAGUGCUCUAACGAAGCACUAAUAAUGAGUGAUGUUUUAAAAAGCUCUCAGGAGCGUUCUCGCAAACGUAAACAAUUGUUAGCACAAACGCUUGGUUUAUCGAGUGUCGAUGAAUUGAAGAUUGCUUUGGGUACAGGAAAUGAUUCAAAUCCUAGUGCUAGCUUAAGUUCCGGCAGUUUUGGAACAAGUGCUCUUAAAGGUGUUGCUGCCCACAACAGUCAACGGUCCGGCCAGGACGAUGAUGAGGGAGUGGUGGCGAAAAAGACACCUGGAGAAAUUAUUUAUAGGGAUUCAUCGACAUUUUUAAAGGGUACACAAUCAUCUAAUCCACAUAAUGAUUACUGCCAACAUUUUGUCGAUACUGGUCAAAGACCACAAAAUUUUAUACGUGAUGUUGGUUUAGCCGAUCGCUUUGAAGAGUAUCCAAAAUUAAGGGAACUUAUAAGGCUCAAGGACAAAUUAAUACAAGAUACAGCUUCGGCACCCAUGUAUUUAAAAGCCGACUUAAAAAAUUUAGAUAUUAAAACAUUGGGGACCAAGUUCGAUGUUAUCCUUAUAGAGCCACCUUUAGAGGAGUAUGCCAGAGCAGCGCCUUCGGUGGCUACAGUGGGAGGAGCUCCCAGAGUAUUUUGGAAUUGGGAUGAAAUAUUAAAUCUUGAUGUUGGCGAAGUGGCUGCACAUCGUUCAUUUGUCUUCCUAUGGUGUGGCUCAUCCGAGGGUUUGGAUAUGGGUCGGAAUUGCUUGAAAAAGUGGGGCUUUAGGCGUUGCGAGGACAUUUGCUGGAUACGCACCAAUAUCAAUAAGCCCGGACAUUCAAAACAACUAGAACCCAAGGCUGUUUUCCAACGUACUAAAGAACAUUGUUUGAUGGGCAUUAAAGGCACCGUAAGGCGUUCGACUGACGGCGAUUUUAUACACGCUAACGUUGAUAUUGAUUUAAUAAUAUCCGAGGAAGAUGAAUUUGGUUCCUUUGAAAAACCCAUUGAAAUUUUCCAUAUUAUUGAACAUUUUUGUUUGGGUCGCAGACGUUUACAUUUAUUUGGCCGAGAUUCCAGCAUUAGACCUGGUUGGUUAACUGUUGGACCUGAACUAACCAACUCAAACUUUAAUGCCGAACUUUAUCAAACAUAUUUUGCUGAGGCCCCUGCCACGGGAUGCACUACACGUAUUGAGUCAUUAAGACCUAAGAGUCCACCGGCUAAUAGUAAAAUUAUUAGAGGUCGUGGACGUGGUUUUCCUCGAGGUCGUGGCCGAGGCAGAUAAAAAUGUGGUUUAUUAUUUAUUUCUGAAUUACAAGAGUUUUUUUUUAAAUACAUAUAUUUUAAUAAUCAGUGUUCUUUUUCUCAUCAGUAUAAGUUUUUUUUGGAUAGUAGUAUGUAAUUCUCAUUUUGUGACAGUUUCAAGAGAAUUAUUUAUACCUAAAGUUAUUAAAGCAAAAAAAAGUUGUGUAAACUAUGUAACAUCUUACAAGCAUUUUACUAUUUUAAAUAUUAAAGAAAUGAAUUUGACGAUUUUCUAAUUAA